AUGGGAACGGGCACCGGAAUCUGGGCUAUGGACAUGGCCGAUGCGCACCCCGAAGCCACCAUCAAAGGCAUCGACCUCUCCCCCAUCCAGCCUUCUUGGAUCCCCCCAAACCUGAAAUUCGAAGUCGACGACUAUAACCUUGAGUGGCUUGACCACAACAAAUAUGACCUGAUUCACGCUCGCGAGCUGCUGGGUACAGUUCCCAGCUGGCCGGAGAUGUACCGGAAAGUAUUGGGCGCCCUCAAACCCGGUGGCUGGUUCCAACAAGCCGAUCCCCAGGUUUUUUUGACCUCUAGUUACGACACCCUCGGCCCCGACCAUGUUUAUCACCAAUGGAACCCUCUACUUAUCGGUGCCGGGAAAAAGGCCGGCUUGGACUUUGACUCGGCCCCGCGCAUGAAAGGCUGGCUCGAGGAGGCUGGAUUUAUCAACGUGACUGAAUAUAGAGUUCCGUGGCCCAUCGGGACGUGGCCCAAAGAUCCGCACCAACGCGAGAUCGGCGCCUUUAACCAAGUUCGUAUCGAACAGGGUGUCGUGGACUUCUGCGGACGUCGGUUUACGAACAACCUCGGGGUACGUCAGCAUAGCGCUGUGGGUAGAACUUUGCUGAUCAUUCUGCAGUGGUCGCACGCGCAGUUAGAGGUAUUUGCAGCGUCAAUGCGGGCGGCUGUGAAGAAUAACAAAUUGUUAGCCCAUCAUUAUGUGUAUGUUGUUCUUCUGUUGUUUUCAGAAACAAGCUGA